CGUGACCAAACCGGACCAGCUCAUCAAAUCCCAAAUCCUCAGCAUCGAUCAGCUCAGUCAUGGCGUCUUCUGCAGAUCAAGGUUAUGGUAGUUAUGGUGGAGGCUCGGGCUCCCAUCCAAAUUACAGCUAUGGAGGCUCAGCAGGCUAUGGACAAACUGCACAGAGUGGACAGCAGGCGUACGGCCAGCAGCAGCAGCCACAGCAGCCGGCCGCUGGUGGAGGAUACGGCUCCUAUGGAGGCUCCACUGGAACCGACAGCUACUCCAGCUAUGGACAGCAGAGUCAGACAUCCUACGCCUCGCAACAGCCAGCAGCACAGACUGCUCCCUACUCACAACAGUCAGGUACUGGAGGGUAUGGCAGCUAUGACUCCUCUCAACAACCGCAGAUGGGAGGGUAUGGCCAGGCACAAUCCCAGGGCAGCUACUCUACAGCAGGGUCCUAUGGGCAAACACAGGGCAGCACUACUUACACAGGGAGCUCUGGAUACAGUAGCACGGGGGCUGGAACAGGCUAUGGGCAGACUGGACAAGGUGGUCAGAGCUCAUAUGGCGCAGGCGCCCAGCAGCCGACUGGCUAUGGCGGCGGCAGCUACGGUUCCCAGAGCACGCCAGACGCACAGCCGAGUACUGGCGGUUAUGGCGGACAGCGUGAGCCCCCCGCAUCCACGGGUGGUGGCGGCGGUGGUGGGUACGGCGGGAUGACUGGCUCCACUGGUGGGGGAGGAUACGGCAGCGCUCCUACCGGAGGCUACGGUGGUGGUGGCGGCGGCUCCCGAGGUGGCAGCAACGGGUCUGGAUUUGACCAAGGAGGCGGUGGUUACGGAGGCGGCGGCUAUGGAGGUCGCUCGGGAGGCUAUGACGACCGCGGGAGAGGUCGUGGUGGUGGAAGGGGAGGCGGCGGCGGACGUGGCGGCGGCGGCGGCUAUGGCGGCGACCGCGGAGGAUACGGCGAUCGCGGGGGAUUUAAAGGUGGAUACGGAGGGGGUAGCUCUGAUGGUGGCCGAAGCAACGACGGAGACAUGCAGGUGCAGCAGGACACCAUCUUUGUGCAGAAUCUCCCCACCAGCAUGAGGGAGGAGGAACUGGCAGGCCAUCUCACCAGCCACUUUGGGUCCAUCGGCAUCAUCAAGAUGGACAAGAAGACCCACAAGCCCAAGAUCUGGAUCUACAAGGACAAGAUGACGGGGUCACCAAAGGGCGAGGCCACAGUUACCUAUGACGACGCACACUCAGCACGGGCUGCCAUCGACUGGUUCAACGAUAAAGAGUUCCUUGGCAACAAGAUCAAGGUGGAGCUGGCACAGAUGCGCCCCAGAUCAGGGCCAUUCGGACGGGGAGGGGGUCGCGGCGGCGGCGGUGGACGUGGCUUCGGAGGACCAAGAGACUUCGGUGGUGGUGGAGGCCGUGGAGGCGGACGUGAUGGUGGCCGGUCCAUGGAACAGCGAGAGGGAGACUGGAGCUGUCCCAACCCGGAAUGUGGUAACACCAACUUCUCCUGGAGAACUUCCUGCAACCGAUGCCAGGCACCCAAGCCAGGUGGAGAUGACGGAGGCCAUGGCGGCGGUGGUUUUGGCGGCCAUCGUGGCGGGUUCCGUGGGCGCGGGGGUGAUCGCGGAGGCUUCCGUGGCGGCCGUGGGGGCGACCGCGGGGGAUUCAGAGGCAGGGGGAAGAGGGAUGACAUGAGAUCAGACCGUAGGGACCGCCCGUAUUAGAGCCGAUAGCGACAAACACAGAGCUGACAACCAAUCAGCUCAAUCUGUUCUUUCUCGUGUUUGUCAUUUUGAUGCUGAUUUGUCAGGUACCAGUACGUAAAGGUGUCUGUAAACUAAACCUUAGACUAAAGAGGGGGAUUCAUACGAGGAGUAUUGUUACGAGGUUUGUAGUGUAGUAUCAGUAACACAUGAGAAAUCCUGGCUUUUUGUGUGUACUCACACUUUUGAGAACAUUUCCUUGUUUUUGUACGUCAGUGGUGAUACUUGUACUGUAUGAAAUAAGCUUGUGAGAGAGCAGGACCAAGUUGAUUUUUUAGGUGCAACUCUUGCAUUACAACAAGCACUUCCAUUUUACUAUCUCUUUGGUCAUUAAAGUAUUACUUCAUUCCUGUUA